GUGGAGACAUGGUUUCUUUGUAAAGACUAGGUUCAGUAGUUCACUGCCGGUUCAAAAAUUCCACAGCCGUCACUCACUCCUUUCCUCCGCCCCUUCUCUCCCGUCGUCGGCGGCUGAUAGCCACCGCCGGUGAGUUUCCCCUCUCUCUUUCUCCGUUUCGUCCCUCACUCUCUCAGUUCACGUUACCAUGGAGCUUCACAGUGAACUUGGGGUUUGACCACAAGUUCGAUUUUGGUAAACUCUCACCUUUCUCUUCCUUCUUAUUCCUCGCUAUGCUGGUUGCAAGUUUCUAGAGUUUCCUCAGUUACUGUGCAGAACUGAACUCACACUUUGCAUUCGAGGUUUCUUAGGUUUUACUUCAUUCAUAUCAUGUCUAAUAAUCAGCAAAACAAUGGUGUGGGCAUGCAAAACCAGGCUCAAUUUGGUGCAGGAAAUAAUCAAAACCAAAACUUGAGACCCCCCUUUAUGCCCAACAUGCAUCCACCACCACCACCUUUCAUGAAUGCUGCAAAUCACAAUCAAAUGCAUUUGCCUCACAUGGGUCAAUCCCAUGUUGGGAUGUUAGGUCCCCAGAAUAGUGUUGUAGGGAAUGUCAAUUACAAUAAUCCAAUGUUUCCUCAUCAGGGACAAGUCAUGCAGAAUGCAGCUCAGAUGAACUUGUCUCAACUCCAGGGGUUAGCACAAGGUAUUUUGAAUAUACUUCAGCAGCCUAAUAUGAAUAUGAAUAUGAAUAUGAGUAUGAGUAUACCGAAUGGCCAAUUUUGUGCCCCGCCAUAUCCUGUGCAAAAUAUGAACCAGCAGUUACCUAUGCAAGUGUCAAACCCUUCACAAGUUGCUCCAUAUGGUAUGCAUCCCGGUCUCCGUCCCCGUCCCAUGUUUGGGUUUCCAAACCAAGUGCCUGUGUCACAGCCCAUGUUCCCUCAAAACUCAAUUUUUUCUGCAAAUCCUCAGAUGGGUCAUGUGCCCGGAAAUCAGGUCAGGCCACAGAUUGACCCGAAUGAGAAAAAAUUGGUUCCACCAAAUGUGAACACAAAUGCUUUUGUAUCAUCACCUUUUCCAUCGCAGCAGUUACAAGGGAAUGGUUCUGCACCGGUUAAUCCUCAUUUGGCGCAGCCACAUCAUACAAAUAAUUCUCAACCUUCUGCAUUUAUGAACUCAAACUCACAGGAAAAACCUAAUAGCAAUAUCAAAGCUAAUGUUCCAAACUCUAAUUGGAAAGGGCCACCAAGCAAAAACUUCAAAAAUAAACCAAGUAGAGGUGGUUUUCAAGGAGGAUUCCAGAAGUCUAAGUUUGUCAAUAUCAACAAUGGAAAGAGGGGAAAUGGGUUUCCUGAAGGCUGCAAAGGUGCCAACAAGGGGAAGGCAGGGCAUGCUGGUUUAAAUUCUGAGGAACUUAAGCAGGAAGCAAAAAGAUCUGUGACUUACUCAGAGCAAGAAAUCCAACAGUGGCGUGAAGCACGGAGAAAGAAUCACCCUUUCAAGGACAACAUUCAGAAGAGUGAAGACCAGAAAGACACCAAGGUCAUUGAUAGAGGCGUCUUGCAAAAAGAGCUCAAGGAGGUUUUAGCUAAGCAAGCUGAGUUGGGUAUUGAAGUUGCUGAAAUACCAUCACACUACCUGAAGAAUUCUGAAAAUCAAGGUUUUCAAACUGAGGGGAAAAACUCAUUUACCGACAAAAGGAAAUUCCAAAACAAGUUCAAUAAGAAAUCAGACAGAAGAGGUCGGUUCGGCAAGAGGCAAAAGUUUUCUCACAACGACAUUUCAGAAAAACCUGCUUUAAACAAGAAGAAGCCAACUUUAUUAGAGAAACUCUUGAGUGCAGACAUAAAAAGGGAUAAGAGCCACCUGUUACAGGUUUUCAGGUUCAUGGUAAUGAAUUCUUUCUUCAAAGAUUCUCCUGAUAAGCCACUGAUAUACCCAUCAGUUAAGGUUAAAGAAAUAGGGUCUGAAGGUGGUUGUGAAGAAAAACAUUUGCACACUGGAAAAGAUGCUCUUGAACGCGGUAAUGAGAAAACAGUUCAAAACAUUGCAAACCACAGUAUUGACAAUGAUCAUGAUAGUGAAGAUGGAGAGAGUGAAGAUGAAGGGAUUGGGGAAUCGGAUGAAGAGGAGGGAGAAAUUUUAGAGUGAAGUUCAAGGUUUGCAGUGUCUGUUCUUGCAGCAAAGCUUUUGAUGAAUAGCAAAUAUUGUAAUAUUUUCUGUUAAAUUAUUUUUGUUGUUUAUGUCAUUGUUUUGGCGUCACAUAUGUGGAGAUUGGCAUGGAAGGUCUAACCCUAGUUGUGGGGAAUUUUCUUACAAUAUAUUUUGGAGUUGCAAAUAUGAAGUAAUUGUUGGUGGCA